AUGAUUGCCAUCGGGAUGGAAGGUUCUGCCAAUAAGGUGGCCAUUGGGAUCAUGUCAUAUCCCUCAGAUGACAGCAUGCCCCAAAUCCUUGCGAACGUUCGACACACAUAUAAUUCCCCACCUGGCGAAGGUUUCCUGCCCAAAGAUGUUGCACGUCACCACAGAACAUGGGUUGUGAAGAUGGUCAAAAACGCACUCAAGGAGGCGCGCAUACGAGUUGAGGAUGUCAGUUGUAUUUGCUUCACCCAGGGCCCUGGUAUGGGUGCCCCGCUACAAAGUGUGGUUAUGGCGGCACGGAUGAUGAGUUUGCUAUGGGGCAAGCCAUUGGUUGGAGUAAAUCAUUGCGUUGGACAUAUUGAAAUGGGCCGUCUUAUCACCGGUGCUGAGAACCCCGUCGUCCUUUAUGUCUCUGGAGGCAACACACAGGUGAUUGCCUAUAGUUCAAAGAGAUAUCGUAUCUUUGGCGAGACACUUGAUAUCGCUGUUGGAAAUUGCCUGGAUAGAUUUGCGCGCACUCUCUAUAUCCCCAACGACCCGUUCCCAGGGUACAAUAUUGAGCAACUGGCCAAGAAAGGUAGCCGACUGGUGGAGCUUCCCUACAUCGUGAAAGGCAUGGAUUGUUCAUUCUCGGGUAUUCUAGCUGCCGUGGAUGCUUUGGCCGUGUCAUUGGGUUUGAACGGCGAGGAGGCCGCAAGAUUGGACGAUGAGCGGAUUGACCAGGAACAGGGCAAUCAAAAUCAAGACCCUGAUGCAAAGCCCACUCGUGCUGACUUGUGUUUCUCACUCCAAGAGACGGUAUACGCGAUGCUGGUUGAAAUCACCGAGCGCGCGAUGGCGCAUGUUGGAUCCAAACAGGUCCUUAUAGUUGGUGGAGUUGGGUCCAAUGAGCGUUUACAAGAGAUGAUGGGAAUUAUGGCUCGGGAUCGGGGUGGCUCUGUCUUUGCUACGGAUGAGCGUUAUUGUAUCGAUAACGGUGUCAUGAUCGCCCAAGCGGGUAUGAUGGCAUACAAGACGGGUUUCCGAACCCCGCUGAAGGAAUCCACCUGCACUCAACGCUUCCGAACAGAUGAAGUCUUUGUCGAUUGGCGAGAUUAA